AAUAUCACUCUCUCAGACUAUAUAAAUAUAUUCUGUACUCUCUUCUUCAAGGUCACAGUCAAUACAAAUUCAUCAAUUCUGCUUUCGUUCUUUCAUCUUUUCUUCUCACCAACUAUCAUUAGCCAUGCCGAGCACAGCUGGUCAGGUCAUCAAAUGCAAAGCCGCGGUAGCAUGGGAGGCAGGGAAGCCACUGGUGAUUGAGGAAGUAGAGGUGGCACCACCAGAGGCUGGUGAAGUGCGUUUGAAGAUCCUCUACACCUCUCUUUGCCACACUGAUGUUUACUUCUGGGAAGCCAAGGGCCAGACUCCAUUGUUUCCUCGCAUAUUUGGUCAUGAGGCUGGAGGGAUUGUGGAGAGCGUAGGUGAGGGUGUGACUCAUCUGAAACCAGGGGACCAUGCUCUUCCUGUGUUUACAGGGGAGUGUGGGGAAUGUGCGCAUUGUAAGUCAGAGGAGAGCAACAUGUGUGAUCUGCUGAGGAUCAACACUGAUCGUGGUGUCAUGAUCCAUGAUAGUCAAACAAGAUUUUCUAUAAAGGGACAACCUAUUUACCAUUUUGUCGGUACUUCUACAUUCAGUGAAUACACUGUGGUUCAUGCUGGAUGUGUUGCCAAAGUCAACCCUGCUGCCCCACUUGACAAAAUUUGUGUUCUCAGUUGUGGAAUAUGCACAGGUCUUGGGGCUACUGUCAAUGUUGCAAAACCAAAACCUGGUUCUUCUGUUGCCAUUUUUGGACUUGGAGCUGUUGGCCUUGCCGCUGCUGAAGGGGCAAGGAUUUCCGGUGCAUCAAGAAUCAUUGGGGUUGAUUUAGUUUCAAGCCGAUUUGAAGAAGCUAAGAAGUUUGGGGUCAAUGAAUUUGUGAACCCAAAAGACCAUGACAAACCCGUACAACAGGUAAUUGCUGAAAUGACAAAUGGGGGAGUGGAUCGUGCUGUUGAAUGUACUGGCAGCAUCCAGGCCAUGGUGUCAGCAUUCGAAUGUGUUCACGAUGGUUGGGGUGUUGCUGUACUUGUUGGAGUGCCAAACAAAGAUGAUGCAUUCAAAACUCAUCCAGUGAAUUUUUUGAACGAGAGGACUCUUAAGGGUACCUUUUAUGGUAACUACAAACCUCGCACUGAUCUUCCUUCAGUUGUGGAGAAGUACAUGAAUGGGGAAUUGGAACUGGAGAAAUUCAUCACUCACACCGUUCCAUUCUCAGAAAUUAACAAAGCUUUUGAUUACAUGCUGAAAGGGGAGUCCAUCAGAUGCAUUAUCCGUAUGGGAGAGUAGAACUGUAAAAUAAAGGAUGACAUAGUUCCUGUGGAGGGACUUUGUUCUCUUUCUGGUUAUCAAAAGAAGAAAAUAAAGAUUAUGUAUAAUUAAUCCCUUUUUGGAUUAUUGAAUCUGUGAGAAUUUGUCUAUGUUUGAUUGUAAAGAACGAUAGGAGGCUUUGAUGCUGUUAUUGUCUAUUUCAUGAUAAAUAAAAUGCCGUUUUGUGGA